UAAAAAAGACAACGAAUAUUAUGUAAAAAAUUUGAUUGCAAGCGCUAGUGCGUAUUGCUUAUUUUGGUUUCAAAACAUUUGAUAAUUUUUUCAGUUUUAUUGUACUUAAGAUGCCGGUGCACUGACAACUUGCUCUAAAUAAUGUAUAAUAUCUGAAAAAAGUAAAAUUACAACUACAAAAAAACAUCGUCGGAGAGGUGCGGUUCAGCAGGAAUGCUUCCAGUGCUUCUUCCUCAGAUAACGGGAACAUUGUUGAGUUCCCACGGAAUUAAACCGCUAUCACUGUUGCAAGUUUAUAAAAAGCACUUAGGCAAAUGUGUUUGCUUGAAUCCGGCUCAAUUCUAUGCUCAGAGACCGAACGAUAGCCAACAGCAGUGGUGGUUAGGAAGAUCGCACCAGAAUGCUUUACUCCGUAAGCACUACUCAUCGUCGGUGAAAAAACAAGAUUUUCCCAUUAAAUCCGUGGAAGGGGCAGAGAUCUUGCAUAAUGUUCUGGAAAAGAAUAAGCAACUUCUACAGGAAAAGAAAAAUGUUAUCAUUCAAGACAUUCGAGAACGGAAGGAUAAGGUGAAGGAACGGGUGGAGGAAGUCAUUGAGCGAGAGAAUGUCGCAACGAUUCCGAAUUUACUGUGCAUCGGGCGUAUUGUCAUGUCUCCUUACUUGGGGUACGUGAUUGUGCAAUCAGACUUCCGGCUUGCUAUGGGAAUGCUAAUUGUAGCCGGAUUAACUGACCUGGCGGAUGGAUUUAUCGCACGGACCUGGCCCAGUCAAGCCAGUCGCCUAGGUUCGUUUCUGGAUCCGAUGGCAGACAAAAUUCUGGUCGGAACACUGGUCAUUUCGAUGAGCUACGUAGGACUGCUACCGUUCUGGUUAUCCGGGAUGAUUCUGUUUCGUGAUGUGUUCCUCAUCGGAGCUGGUUUUGUUAUUCGUUACAUUAGUCUACCUCAACCGCGCACACUGUCACGUUAUUUCGAUGUAACCCAUGCUACCGCCCAACUGGCACCGACUUUCGUCAGCAAGGUUAACACUGCCGUACAACUUGCCACGGUUGCUUUUACUCUCGGGGCUCCGAUCUGGAGCUACGUUGAUCAUCCAUAUUUACAUGCGUUGUGGUAUCUGACAGGAGUAACCACUGCGGCGGCUGCCCUCAGUUAUAUCGUAAAUAAAGAUACCUACAAAAUAUUGAAGACACAGCAAUCGAAACCAUGAGAGCAAACUACGAUUACGUAAAUUUAAUCCUUCCUUAGCUUGAUCGCAAGGAUUUUCUAUACCAAUUGGCCUAUCACAUAUGUUUUCGGUUCUGCCGCAACACAGCUGAGACAUUAAAUACCAAUAAAAAUGUAAAUAAAUUAAAAACAAUAAAGUUUAAAUUUCAACCCAAAA